AUGGAUCGUGUAAUUGGCUUGAUCGAUAUGGAUUGUUUCUAUGCACAGGUCGAACAAAGAGAAAGACCGGAGCUUUGGAAUACGCCAGUGGCUGUGGUUCAACAUGCAGGAGAAGGGAAUCCAGGGCUGAUCCUCGCAGUCAGCUAUGAAGCACGGAGUUUUGGUGUGAAACGUGGGAUGAUGAUAGCGGAAGCCAAAGCUAAGUGCCCUGAACUCAAUGUUUGUUUCGUGCCACAAGGUGAACAUAUCGACAAAGCAGAUAUUCAAAAAUAUCGGGAUGCGAGCGCUGAGGUGUUCGACGUCCUCAACUCAUUUGAUGAUCGUAUUGUAGUGGAACGAGCCUCAGUCGAUGAGGCAUUUCUCGACCUCACUGAGAUGGUGGACCAGAAAAUUGUCGAGAACUUUCGAAAUGUUUAUUUAUUUCAGCUUCUAAGCAAUAUGUCUUCCGCGUUUCCCACUACUCAUUUGGCCGAUGGAACUGACAAAGACGGUGACGAGGAGUAUGAUCGUGAGAGUAAAGUGCGCAGCUGGCUUGAAGUUCAUUGUGUCCUACAAGUUUUUUUGGACUUACUCCGUCUCGCUAUCGCCGCACACACCAUCGAGCAAAUGCGUGCGAAGAUUCGAGAACGCACACAGUUUUUCUGCUCUGCAGGCGUCGCCAACAAUAAGAUGUUAGCGAAAUUGGUCUGCUCUCGUCAUAAGCCCCGUCAGGAAACUGUUUUGCCAUCAGAAUUUGUGGACAUAAUCUUCGUGGAAACUCCUAUCGGUGAAGUACGCAUGUUGGGUGGUAAACUUGGUCACGCCAUUCAAAAUUGCUUUGGCAUUAGGGUAAGUUUUUCAUGUAUGCUGAUUGAUUCAGUAGCUUACAUGCCCGGAUAUGAUAGUGAACCGGUAAAACAGCGCGAUUCUCAGCUGUCUAUCGCUGUCAGCAAGAACUUUCCGGGGAAGAAUGCGUUAAAAACCAUUGCAGACGUAUGGAUUGAAGGACUGUCGAAAGAGCUUUCAAAGCGGCUUGUUGCUGAUCAAGUGAAGAAUAAACGAACUGCAGAAAACAUAGUACUUGGCAUUUUGGGGGAAACUUAUGCAUCGAGAACAUUAAAAAUAGCAUCCUAUAAACCACAAGUACUAGCUGAAAUUAUUUGGGGAGCAGCAAAGAUCUACAACCGAGCACCGUCUGGUAGCGACCAGUGGAUUCCACCCGUUUUCAACUUAUCGAUGUCCGCUUCGCGAUUCCUAGAAGGUGUCAACGCGCAGUCCCAGAGUAUUAUGGGAUGGGUUGAGAAGCGCUUGAAGCUAAGCGAAUCCGGUACGCUUUUAUUGUUUGCUCUAGGCAAGAUUGUCUUGACGAAAAAGAAUCUUAGCAAAAAAAGCUCUCCAGCAAAGAAGAAGAAGAUUGAUGCAUUUUUCAGAAAGAAUUAA